AUGCUUUGCGCCGCCGACACUCGCCGCCGCCGCCUGAGGCGGUUCUCCACGAAGCUGUGGCCGCUCGAGAGUGAGGAUGAGAUCGUCGCGCUUCUCCUCGGCAUGGCCCGCUACCCAGUCGACACACCCGACCGCGCAGCGCUCAUCGCUGCCGACAUGCAAACAAAGCACGCGUCCACGACCAUCAACAUCCUCGUCAGCAGCAUCGAGAGCGAGGCGGGCAUCAGCGCUCUCGUGGAUCUUCUCGACCCCAUGCGCUCCCAUGAGCAGGAGAAGUCCACGCCGCUCCACCUGCGCUGCCCAAAUUGUCGCGCCAAGCACAACCUCUCAUAUGCCGAGGAGUCUCGGCUGGCUCAGGGCAAGCAGGGCGAGAUGCUGUGGCGCCUCGACACGCAGAUGCUCCACUCGCACACCGGCUUUCAGCCGUACGCCAAGGAGUGGACGACCUUUGCCGACGAGCCGCCGCAGCUGGUCGAGCCUUUGCGGAUAGCGCUGUCCCUCUCAUCUAAUUCGGCGUAG